GCCCCUGCUCCAGCCGCGCCUUACCCCUCCCCGUUGUUAUGGGAAUAUCCGCUGGCUCUGAGGCCCGCCUUCUAGGUGGUGCCGGCGUUUGGUUCCGCCCCUCGUAUAUUCGAUUUCCGCUCGGGGAAAGCCUGCUUCCGUUCCCUGCCGCGUUGCCCGGCAAGAUGGCGGCUCAGCAUCCUCUGCGGGUGUUAGCCCUGGCCGGCUUCCGGCAGAGCGAGCGGGGUUUCCGUGAGAAGACCGGAGCGCUGAGGAAGGCGCUGCGGGGCCGCGCCGAGCUCGUGUGCCUUAGCGGCCCGCACCUGGUCGCGGAUGCCGCGGGCCCCGAGGACGCCGGGCCGGACUCCGGUGAGACGGGCCCUGUCUGGGAAAUGCACUCCGAGUCUUUUAUCUGGCCUCGUUUCCGUAACACCCUUCAGCGUACCCUCACGCUGAAUCCUCGCCUCGUCCCUUCCCCCUGCCCAUACUCCUCAUUGCUUCCGUCCCAGCCUCCCAGGCUUCCGCCUUGAUCAGUCUUCCCGGUCUUGUCAGGACACUGUGCUCUCCACCUCAUUUCCCCUAGAUUUUCUUCUCUUCCUUCGGCGGCCUCUUUGCUCUUUGUCAUUUCCAAACCCUCCGUCCUUCCCUUUUUCAUUUCGCAUCCGCUAGAUACGCUGUCCCUAACCCGAUCCUUUCCCCUAUAUCG